AUGAAUCCUCCUUCACCACCUCUAUCAAUCGCCAAGAGAGCAGCCAGUAUCUCAUACGGCGCCGACGCACGAAUGCCAGCCGGCGCCUGGGAUUCACAUCUUCACAUCAUGGAUCCCGUGCGUUACCCUCCGGUCGAAGACCUUCCUUAUAAGCCUGUUGUUCAUAACCUCUGGGAGAAUGCGAUCUUCGAGAACAGCAUCGGAUGCGACCAUGUCUUCUUCGUUCAGACCGCAACGCACGGUUAUGAUUUGACCCUCAUGCUCGACUCUAUGCGUGCGGUUGGGAAUGAACGAGCACUGGGUCUUGCGCUGUUUGACCCAAAUACCACGUCGCAUGAGCAUAUUCGCCGAUGGGAUAACGAGGGCGUUCGCGCUGUACGUGUCAAUCUCGUGACGUAUGGUGAUGAUACGCCUAUCGAUGAGCUCAAGAGUCAGAUCAGCAAAUACGUCGAGCUUAUCAAGCCUUUCGACUGGGUUCUCCAGCUGUACACCAAGAUGGAGCGCAUCGUAGAACUGGAAGAUUUCUUGCCCACUCUCGGCGUGCGCGUUGUUUUUGAUCACUAUGGUGAUCCAAGUCUUCCAAAGACAGCGGGUCCUGUGAGCCCCUACGACAUCAAGGGUUUCCAAUCUUUGAUCCGCCUUUUGAAAACAGGCACGACGUGGGUCAAGAUAUCUGGCGCAUACCGUCUCAGCCAUCUCGAGUCUGAUGUCUGGGAGGAUCUUGACCCCGUCACGUUGGAGCUCUUCGAGCAAGCUCCGAAGCGAGUUGUGUUUGGCUCAGACUGGCCUCACACACGAUUUGAAGGUUUAGACGUUAGGCCAUGGGUGUCUCACCUACUAGAUUUGACCGAGGGGAAGCAAUGGCUCCGGGAGAGACUCUUUAGGGAUAAUGCUUUGGAGCUCUGGGGAGUGAAUAAGACGCAGAGUACUUGUAAUGGAGACAAAUGA